AUCAGAUCAUUCCCGAUGUCUCUUUUGUUAGCCGGGAAAGCCUGAGGUCUGCUGGUACUGAAGGCUAGCAACUACGAGUAGCAGAGACGAGACCUCGCGGAUCCCUGCUUCUCCAAAGAUGGCCAGUUUCUCCAGCGAGGACCAGGCAAUGUUGCAGGCGAUGCUGAGGCAGUUGUUCCAGAGCGUGAAGGAGAAAAUCACGGGUGCCCCUUCCCUGGAGUGUGCCGAAGAGAUUCUUUUACAUCUGGAGGAAACUGAUGAAAAUUUUCACAACUAUGAAUUUGUGAAAUACCUCAGACAGCAUAUAGGCAACACUUUGGGUUCUAUGAUUGAAGAAGAAAUGGAAAAAUGCACAUCUGAUCAGAAUCAGGGUGAAGAAUGCGGCUAUGAUACAGUUGUACAGCAGGUCACUAAAAGAACUCAGGAAUCUAAAGAGUACAAGGAAAUGAUGCAUUACCUGAAGAACAUUAUGAUAGCUGUGGUUGAGUCUAUGAUUAACAAGUUUGAAGAAGAUGAGACACGAAAUCAAGAGAGGCAGAAAAAAAUCCAAAAGGAGAAAAGCCGUAGUUACUGCACAGACAAUUGCUCUGAUAGUGAUUCGUCGUUCAAUCAGAGUUACAAAUUUUGUCAAGGAAAAUUACAAUUGAUUUUAGACCAGUUGGAUCCUGGACAACCUAAAGAGGUGAGAUACGAAGCCUUGCAAACAUUAUGUUCCGCUCCUCCAUCUGAUGUCCUGAACUGUGAAAAUUGGACUACUCUCUGUGAAAAACUGACAGUGUCACUUUCAGAUCCUGAUCCUGUGUUUAGUGACCGGAUUUUAAAAUUCUGUGCACAGAGAUUUUCGCUUUCUCCAUUACAUAUGACCAAGGAAGUUUAUACAAGCUUAGCUAAGUAUUUGGAGUCAUACUUUCUUUCUAGGGAAAAUCAUAUUCCUACUCUUUCAGCUGGUGUAGAUAUAACUAAUCCUGAUAUGACUCGUUUACUUAAAAAGGUUCGUCUUCUAAAUGAAUAUCAGAAAGAAGCUCCAUCUUUCUGGAUUCGUCAUCCAGAGAAGUAUAUGGAAGAAAUUGUGGAGAGUACUUUGUCCUUGUUAACAGUGAAACAUGAUCAAAGCCAUAUUGUCUCACAAAAGAUUUUGGAUCCGAUCUACUUUUUUGCAUUAGUUGAUACCAAGGCUGUGUGGUUCAAAAAGUGGAUGCAUGCACAUUAUAGCAGAACUACAGUAUUAAGACUUCUUGAAAAGAAAUAUAAGUCUCUGAUAACUACAGCCAUUCAGCAGUGUGUUCAGUACUUUGAACUGUGUAAGACUGGGAAAGCUGAGGAAACUUUGGGACAUUCAAAGCAUUGCAGAAAAAAGCAGAAAACUUUCUACUACUUAGGACAAGAAUUACAAUAUAUUUAUUUCAUUCACUCACUGUGCCUUUUAGGAAGAUUAUUGAUCUAUAAACAAGGCAGAAAAUUAUUUCCUAUUAAGCUGAAGAAUAAAAAAGGUUUGGUAUCCCUCGUAGAUCUGCUUGUUCUAUUUACCCAACUUAUCUAUUACUCACCAAGUUGUCCAAAGAUGACAUCAGCUACACUUUCAGAGAAUUACUCUCCUGCAAGUAUGGUGACUGAAGUUCUAUGGAUACUCUGUGAUCAAAAAGAAUGUGCAGUGGAAUGCUUAUAUAACAACAUUGUAAUAGAGACCCUUCUUCAGCCUAUUCACAAUUUAAUGAAAGGAACUGAGGCAUCUCCAAAUUGCUCUGAGACAGCUUUAAUUCAUAUAGCUGGUAUUUUGGCAAGAAUUGCAUCUGUAGAAGAAGGACUUACUUUACUCCUUUAUGGAGCAAAUAUGAACUCUUCUGAAGAAAGUUCUACAGGUGCUCAUAUAAUUGCCCAGUUUUCGAAAAAACUUCUCGAUGAAGAUAUUUCUAUAUUUUCUGGAUCAGAAAUGUUGCCUGUGGUUAAAGGAGCUUUUAUUUCUGUGUGUCGUCAGAUAUAUAGUACAUGUGAAGGCUUGCAGGUGUUAAUCACUUACAAUUUGCAUGAAUCUAUAGCAAAGGCGUGGAAAAAGACAAGUUUGCUGUCAGAAAGAAUUCCUACUCCAGUAGAGGGUUCUGAUUCUGUUUCUUCAGUAAGCCAGGAAUCCCAAAACAUUAUGGCUUGGGAAGAUAAUUUGCUAGAUGAUUUACUACAUUUUGCUGCCACCCCCAAAGGAUUACUACUUCUUCAAAGAACAGGUGCUAUCAAUGAAUGUAUGACAUUUAUGUUCAACCAAUAUGCAAAAAAAUUACAGGUCAGCAGGCAUAAAAAAUUUGGCUGUGAAGUUUUGGUUACACAAGUGGCAUCAAUAGCAGCAGGUGGCAUUGCACUAAAAAAGUCAGGGUUUAUUAAUGAACUCAUAACUGAAUUAUGGUCCAAUCUGGAAUAUGGAAGAGAUGAUGUUAGGGUAACCCAUCCCAGAACUACUCCAGUGGAUCCUAUUGACCGAAGCUGUCAAAAGUCUUUUUUAGCACUGGUGAACUUGUUAUCCUAUCCUACUAUUUAUGAGCUGAUAAGGAAUCAAGAUCUUCCUAAUAAAACAGAAUAUUCUCUUCGUGAAGUCCCAACAUGUAUUAUUGAUAUUAUUGAUAGACUUAUAAUUUUGAAUUCUGAAGCUAAGAUUCGUUCUUUAUUCAACUAUGAACAAUCACAUAUCUUUGGUCUAAGGUUAUUAAGUGUGCUAUGCUGUGAUCUGGACACUCUUCUCCUGUUAGAGGCUCAGUAUCAGGUAUCUGAAAUGUUAUUAAAUGCUCAAGAAGAAAAUACCUUGGAGACUUCAGAGAGCAACAGGGACUUUAUAAUUGAUGGCUUAUCAGUGGAGAGAAAUCACGUUCUUGUUAGAAUAAAUCUUGUUGGUGGGCCAUUGGAACGGAUUUUGCCUCCAAGGAUACUCGAAAAGAGUGAUAAUCCAUAUCCUUGGCCAAUGUUUUCAUCAUAUCCUUUGCCAAACUGCUAUCUGUCAGACAUUACAAGAAAUGCUGGCAUAAAACAAGACAAUGAUCUUGGCAAGCUUUUAUUAUACCUCAAAAUAUCUGAUAAACAAACUGAAUGGAUAGUAAACUGCCGAAGACAAUUUUGCAAAAUGAUGAAAACCAAACCUGAUAUAAUCAGUGGAGAGGCCUUAGUAGAAUUACUUGAAAAAUUUGUACUUCAUCUCACUGAAAGCCCAUCUGAAUGCUACUUCCCUUCAGUGGAGUAUGCAGCUACUGAUGCAAAUGUGAAGAAUGAAAGCCUUUCAUCUGUGCAGCAGCUUGGCAUUAAAAUGACUGUCAGGUAUGGCAAAUUCCUCAAUCUCUUAAAAGAUGGUGCAGAAAAUGAUCUUACCUUGGUUUUAAAGCAUUGUGAGAGAUUCCUGAAACAGCAGCAAGCUUCCAUAAAAUCUUCUCUUCUCUGCCUGCAAGGGAAUUAUACUGGCCAUGACUGGUUUGCAUCUUCUCUGUUCAUGAUAAUGUUGGGAGACAAAGAAAAAACAUUCCAAUUUCUUCGUCAAUUCUCCAGGCUUCUGACUUCUGCUUUCCUUUGGUUGCCAAGACUACAUAUUUCUAGUUACCUACCUGUUGACACUGUAGACUCUGGCAUCCAUCCAGUAUAUUUUUGCAGCACCCAUUAUAUUGAAAUGCUGCUGAAGGCUGAGUUGCCUCUUGUGUUUUCAGCUUUUCACAUGUCUGGUUUUGCACCAUCACAGAUUUGCCUGCAAUGGAUAACCCAGUGUUUUUGGAAUUAUUUAGAUUGGAUAGAAAUCUGCCAUUAUAUUGCUACUUGUGUUUUCCUUGGUCCUGAUUAUCAAGUGUAUAUCUGUAUAGCUAUAUUCAAACAUUUACAGCAAGACAUUCUACAGCACACUCAGACGCAAGGCCUGCAAGUUUUCCUAAAAGAAGAAGCACUGCAUGGGUUUCGAGUGAGUGAUUAUUUUGAAUACAUGGAAAUGUUGGAACAAAACCACCGAACGGUGCUGCUGAGGGACAUGCGGAACAUUAGACGGCAGAGCACAUAGAUCAUGAGACACACAGUUUACAUUUAUGUUUUGUUUAUUUUUAAAGGCAACAGGGCGGCUUGAUUGUUUUCUGUGUCUGUAACAACAUAUACUUUGUGAAUAUACAUAUUGUAAAUACUGAGAGG